CGAGGGCCUCUUGAUAUAAAAAAGGGGCCCUUUAGCAACCCGGAAGUCUAGGACUCACAUGUUGUUGUGUACAUACACCGGCUACUAAGCAGUGUUAUCACAUUUUGUACCAUUAGAGCAUAUACCUUUGUUGUCAUUAGAGUCAUAAGGAAUGGAUAAGAAGAUGAAAGUGGUCGCGCUGAUAAGUGGGGGCAAAGACAGCUGCUACAACAUGAUGCAGUGUGUUGCUGCUGGGCACCGGAUCGUAGCUCUCGCUAACCUGCGUCCUGCUCACACAGAUGAGCUGGACAGUUACAUGUACCAGACGGUAGGCCACCAGGCCAUAGAGCUGUAUGCUGAAGCCAUGGAUCUGCCCCUGUACAGACGAACCAUCCAGGGCUCCAGCUUAGACACCAGCAGACACUACAGUGAGACAGAGGGGGAUGAGGUGGAGGAUCUGUAUAAGCUGCUGCACCUUGUCAAGGAAAAGGAAGGUGUUGAGGCAGUGUCUGUAGGGGCCAUUCUGUCCGAUUACCAGAGGGUCCGUGUGGAAAAUGUAUGUUUGCGGCUAGGUUUGCAGCCCCUGGCCUACCUGUGGCGCCGAAACCAACAGUCCCUGCUCUCUGAGAUUAUAUCAGCUGACCUCCAUGCUAUCCUCAUCAAAGUUGCUGCCUUCGGCCUGGAUCCAGAGAAGCACUUAGGAAAACCUCUGGCUGACAUGGAGCCCUAUCUGAAACAGCUCUCCCAGAAGUAUGGAGUCCAUAUUUGUGGGGAAGGAGGUGAAUAUGAAACAUUUACCCUUGAUUGCCCGCUUUUCAAAAAGAAGAUUGUUAUUGAUGCAGCAGAGACGGUGAUCCACUCAGCAGAUGCCUUUGCUCCAGUUGGCUACCUGCGCUUCAGCGAGAUGCACACUGUGAACAAACACAGCAAUGUGGUAGUGAGUGCUUUGCCCCAUGGUAGUUGUCCUUGCCAGAGAGCCAUUGACAAGAUGACUGAGGAGGUGGAAUACGCUGAUCAAGCUGAAGACAACCAGCAAGAAUUUACAUCAAAUAGUGACCUUAGUUGUCAGCAAGGCCACGAUCUCCCUCCAUCCUGCUCACCUAGAAGCUCUAGAGGCUAUCAGUGGAUCUCUGCAAUAAACGGCCUCCAGAGCCAAGACACCACGAUCCAGGGCCAGACAUCGGCAGCUUUCACACAGCUGCAAAGUGUGUUGGAUAGCAGAGGCUGGACGAUGAAGGACAUUGUCCUGGUUCACCUGUAUGUGAGGAACAUGGAAGACUUUGGUCCACUCAGCACAGUUUAUAAGACACACUUUGGCAUAAACCCUCCAGCCAGGGUGUGUGUCCAGGCUUCUCUACCUGCUGGUCAUCUGCUGCUGAUGGAUUGUUUGCUCCAUGACUGGACCGAGCCCCUGGAGAAAGGCUGCUUUCGCCAGAGAGAGGCCCUGCAUGUCCAAAGCCUGUCCCACUGGGCUCCAGCCAACAUUGGACCUUACAGCCAGGCCUUCAGGGUAGAUGAGUCAGUUUUCUGUGCUGGCCAAAUUGCUUUGGUCCCGUGUACCAUGCAGAUGGUGGAGUCUGGCACCAGGAUACAGACCCACUUGUCCUUCAGCCAUGUGAAGAAGGUUCUGGAAGCUGUAAUCAGUAGCUUGACUCUGGCUCAUGUUGUCCAGGCUCACUGCUACGCAACAAGACAUCAAGACAUCCCCGUUAUCAGAGCCGUCUGGGAGAGCAUGCUGAGGGCCACAGUCGAGGAUAAGGACUUGUCUUGGGAGCCUGAGAUCAAACCCACUAAAUUGCUGGUUGUUGUGGUACCUGCCUUACCCAAGGGUGCAGCUGUUGAGCUUCAUGUAACUGCAAUUCAGGAGGAUUUCACUCAAAGGACUUUCCAUCACAUGACUACAAAGGUGGCACACGGAUCCAUAGAGUGCCACACCGUGAUGUCUGCUGACAGAUGUAAUGCUUCAGUUUCCCUUUCCCUUGCUGUGCCCAGCGAUAGCCUGGAGGUAACUGGUGUAAAGUAUGUAACAAGAGCAGUUGGCUCGACAUUAAAGAACGUUAUGAAGAAGAUGGAGCCUGAACUGGUGCCACUGUGUGCCAGAGUGUUUUACAAGUGUGCCCACUCGCUGGCGCAGGACAUUGUUGAAGGACUUGAAGAAAGUUUGAGAAGCUCUCUAGAAGAGUCCAGUCCAGCCGUGGUCCUGGUUCCAGUCCUUGAUUUGCCUGAUGCCCAGAUCCUCCACCUGUCCUGCUGGCUCAGCUUAUAGAAACACAGCCGGGGUCAACAACCAGACUUCUGUCAUCCACAGCACUGGAAUUCAGUGGGGCUUUUCUGGAGGAAUGAACAAUAGCUUCAUGACUUACAACUGGACAUCAGUGAAUUUGAGAAUGAAAUAAAUACAUAAAUACUGCACAAUGUUUGUGAAUGUAUUUAUUCCACUGUCCCAGAACAAAGGGCAAAAAUCCACUCAGUCCUUCAGCAGAGUUGUAGCUGCAGCAGCUGUUACGCUGCCUCUGAGGGGAGUCUUAUGGAGCGUCUAUAACAUAAAGCUGCAUACCAGAAGACUGGAGACCAUAGUCUACAAACGGAGACACCAGAAGCAUCUCAUUCCAUGAGGUGAACUGUCUACCCUGAUAUCCCACUGUUUCUGGUGGAAUUCCUCCUAGCGUGCUAGCUAACCCCCCUCACAAAGGCCUCUGCUGACACCAUCUGCUCAGCUGUAAAGAUUUUACUGUGACUGGUUUGUGGCUGUGUGUAAUGUGUGCAGAUGAGAUGAUUGUGCUUCUCUCUCUCGCUUGCUCCAUGAGAUUCAAGGUGUGUUAUUAUUGUGUAAUAGGCAAUCAGCACUGAGCACCUGAAAAGAUUAAACCUUUUUAUGUUUUUUAUUGAUUCUUAGGUAGCCUGGUUAAUAGGAGAGGGACACUACCACACACAGCUGCAGUGUGUGGUGUGUGUGUGUGUGUUGGGGGGGUGAUAACACUAUUAACCACUGAACCAUUGCUCCUGGAACAUUUCUUUUCACAAAGAUCAUGAACAGUAUUGAUGAUCUGAGUUAGCAUGCAUCUUCACUCAGCUAUUCUCUUCUUGUGUUAGCAGUAGAGUGAAGUGGGCUAUUGAUCUUCACCCACCGCAAUGUUAUUUUGAUUGCUAUCAAAAAUUGAACAAUAGAGGCAGCCAAUAGAGCCUGAAGAUUUUUUGGAGGGUUGAAAAACACAUACAAGCAAUUAUUUAUGAGAGCAAGCAAGCCAGUGCAUCGUAAAUAUAGUGUGUUAAUGUUCACCUGUUGGUUUUAAAGGCCCCCACCAGGAGGUGAUUCUACUUUUACCAUAUACUUCUAGACCUCAGUCAAAAAACCAUAAAUAUCAUCCACAAAUGUUUGAUUAUAUUUCAGCAUUGGCAACAAAUGUAGCUGGAAAUCAGCCAGUGAUUUCACAAUGACAUGCAUAGCCAAUGAAGGCAGUCAUAUUAAAAUUGCUUUCUUUGUCAAUUUUCUUGGUUAUAAAUAUCUGAACAGUCUGAAUGCAAAGCAGUGUUUUGCCAAAUACGACUGCUGAUCAAAAAUGCAUGUUCCUUACCUUCUCCUGAAAAAAUCAAUUUUCAGUUCAGUUGUAUUUAUAUAGUACCAAAUCACAACAAAAGUCAUCUCACUUUACAUAGAAAGGUUUAGACCUUACAGGAUUAUAGAGAAAAAACAACAAAUCCCCUUGAACAAGCACUUAGUGACAGAGGAAAAACUCCCGUUAACAGAAUAAACCUCUGAGAGACCCCGGCUCCUGGCGGGCGGCCUUCUGCUCCGACUGGUUGAGGUGAGUGGAUAGAGGAGAGAGAAAAACUUUAAGACACUACAAACAAAAAACUAUGGGGAAACAAUGAGAAAUUGAUUUAUUCAAAUUGAGCAAUGGAAAUGAAGCAACACAACACAUAAAAUUAAGAAAAUGCAUUUCAAUUACAUGUAAGCACUGGAUUAAACUUUACUAUUAAAAUUCCAAACUUGCAGAGCAUUUCUUUAUUCUGUUUUGAAUUGAUGCUUUUUAAAAUAGUGGAAUAAUAGUUAAAAUUACAACAAAAAAAAUCAUAUGGAAUAAAACAUUAAAAUACAAGACUCAGCCUUUCCAUAGAGAGGAAAACACCCUCUAAAAUUCAGUGCACAACAAUUGUCGAUCACACUGUAAAUAUCACGUUCUGUCUUUCAUGGGGCAUGAUUUCUACAGGCACAGGCAAAAAGCCACAAGUACAUCAUCGUAGCCAGUGUGAUGGCCUAUGGCAAACAUUUCUUUGUGUGCUUACCACUUACACUUUUUUAUGUGCUUACUACUGUGUUUCCUCACAAAAUGAGUAAAGACAGGGUGACAUUUAGUUUCCUCAUGUGUUUUGUCAACUGCACAUUUUCUACCGAGCUGACCUGCAACCAUUCUGCAAACAAACUGGCUGUUGUGUCUAACAUUGUCCUUUGUGUGCAGUGUACCAGCCUGUGGCUCUUGUCAUUGUAGCCUUGCACAUGGACUUUAACUGUGUGUGUGUGUGUGUGUCUUCCUCCAGGCUAACCAGACUGAUGUGUGUGACUCUAUUUCCCCAUAGCAGGGGAACCCAGCUCACAAGUGAGAGCCUCCCUACAUUGUGGUCUGUUUGGCCAGUGGUUGUGGUUUAUUUGUUUUCAUGUUUGAAUCAUCUUGUUUCAUAAUGCAUUGUUUCCUCCCCUGAUGUAUUGUGAAAGCCAGUCUUUAUGGUCACAGCUCUGAAUGAAACAUGCUCUAGCUGCUGAACUGGCUAUUGGAUGGUAUCUGCUUCCCUCUUGUGGUCAACAUAUAGAGUGAAUUUAAAAGGCUCAGGUUUAGUUUCAUUUGUGUAAAAUGUCUACAGUAUCCUAGGUGGAAUGAUUUAUAAUUUAAGACAAGCAGCAUUAGAAAGUGUGCAGAGGCUCUUUGGGUGAUGUGCUGUUGAAGUUGAUUAGAAGCAGAAUUAUUUUACAUUUACUUUUCCUUUACUAGAUCACUGAAAUUGCUUGGAUGCUCCAAAUCAGAGGUAAAAUACCAAA